AUGGCACUCAGCUGUCUGUCUUGCGCUGAAGAUGAGACAACGAUUCCUGUUUCCUGUCUGGACCACCAGAAGGCCUUGGGAGGCUCCUGCUAUGAGUUUGUGGAUCUCCAGCCGUUGAAGCAGUGGCUUGUUACAUCCUCAGGUGCUCUCUCUUGGCUGGAUGGUUCACAUAUCACCUAUUCAAACUGGGUGAGCAGCCCACAGCCAGGAGCAGCUUGUGGACACAUACUGAGAGACUCAGACUUCCAAUGGAAAGCCACAAGAGACUGCAACGAGAAACUGCACUUUAUCUGCCAGUUUGAUUCUGGGAGAUCUAUUGUGUGUGCAGGUCGCGACACAACUCUGCAGUGUGGUUCAGGUCAAUUCUUAAUGAUAGAUGGCGGCUUCUACGGUCGUAAGAACAUCAAUUAUUGUCGACCCGCCCUCUCCCCACCUUCAUCUACUGGACAUCAGUGCGGUUGGGUGGAUAUUGUAGAAUCACUAACAGCUCACUGCAACGGUCGUCAGGUCUGCCAGAUUUCUGAAGUUGUGGACUCCUUUAGUGAACCCUGUCCUCAGCUGGGGAGCUACCUGUCUGUGGACUACCACUGCAAAGAUGGGCUCACACUGUCUGUGAGCACUGUGGCUGCUGUUUUUGAUGACAUCACCAUCAGCGUGAAGUGGCUGAUGGUACAUUUGCCACAGGAAAACCUCAGCUGCAAGCUGAGUACCGGAGAUGGCCAUGUUAUUUCUCUGCAUAGACCAGAGGGGUUGGAGAGCAGCGUGGUGCACAAAUACACUCACCCAAACACAUUUGUUGUGGCAGUUGAAUGCACCAGCGGGGACACACUCAUUACAGCUCACAACAUAAUAACCAUUCAAGAACCCAUCACAGAGUUUGGUGUCAUCAGGUGCUAUGCUGGGAAACUGUCUUUUCAUGCAACCGACUGCAAAGCCCUUUACGGAGAGCCAUUUCAAAUUCAAUUGGAGGUAGAAGCAGGUACAAAUGUGACCUACAGAAUCCAGAGCGAUGAAAUGUUGUUGUCAGGACUAUCUGUGUUCAGAGGAAAUGUUCCCCAGAACGUCACAGUGACUCCAGAAAUGAUGAAGCAGCCUGGGCUUGGCUGCCACCAGCUGACGCUUUAUGCAUCUAACACGGUCACUUUCCCUGAAGUGUCCACAGUCCUGCAGAUGUGUGUGUUGGAGGAAGUAGCCGGGCUUCAGGCCUCUGUGUUGACGGAGAGGAACGAUUGUCCGGACUCUCCAGGUAUUACAGUCGGUGUUUCCCUCGAACGGGGUGUGCCUGUGCUGCUCCUCUUCUCUCUGACUGGAGACAACAGCUCGUACUCUGAGACCAGAGAAAUGACUAUAAGCAAGAGCAUUUUUCAUAUUGGACACCCGAUUCAAGGAUCUGUACAAGUGAAACUCAGAGCGUGGAACGUGUUCUCCUCUUUGGAAGUGGAUAUGGAUAUGUUUGCUUUCUGUGGCAAGGAUUCAGUCGUUAAACUAAAUGGUCAUAAUGACUAUUUGUUGAGACCGAGAAAGAAACAUAUUCGAGUUGCCAGAUCUCCAAAGCUGAAAGUUAUUGCAACACCUUCUGAUUCAAUACCUACCAGAGCUCUAAAUAUCACACUUUCAGUAAAAGAUGCAUCCAAACUAAAUGACCCGAAGAAACUAUACGAGUGGUCGUGCAAGAAUCCAUGUGGAUGCCAAGGGAAGUUCGAGGGACUGACAUACACCAUUGAAGGAGGUUGCCUACCAGGUCCACUUCAAUAUAACAAGUAUUAUUUGAAUGUGAUAAAAAGAAAAGAUAAUAAAGUGGAGAAAACUGGAUCCAUAUGCAUCACCCUUACCCCUAAGAAGAACGCGCCAACUUGGCUAAGACCAAAUGCGGAUGUCGUACCUCUUUACAAAACAUACACUAUAAAGACAUCAUCAUCUGGCAAAAAUUCAAAAGAAGAUAAAGAUGGAGACAGUAAAGAAAAAACAACCACAUCUGGUCCUGCCUCCACAUCCCCUGGCACUAAUAGUGUCACCACUACUACACCUACCACUGCUGGUCCUGCCUCCACAUCCCCUGGCACUAAUAGUGUCACCACUACCACACCUACCACCGCGGGUCCUGCCUCUACAUCCCCUGGCUCUAUUAGUGACAGCACUACCACACCUACCACAUCUGGUCCUGCCUCCACAUCCCCUGGCACUAAUAGUGUCACCACUACUACACCUACCACUGCUGGUCCUGCCUCUACAUCAGCUGGCUCUAUUAGUGACACCACUAUCAGCCCUACGACCGUUGGUCCUGCCUCUACAUCACCUGGCUCUGUUAGCGACACCACUAUCACACCUACCAGCGCUAACACCGGUGAUACAUCUCUACCAGCAACCACUGACAAUUUUGAUAGCCUUAAGUGUAGCAUAUCACCGCAGAGUGGAACAAUCCUUGAUGCUUUCACCAUAACGUGCAAUACUGAAAUACCUUGUUCUAACUGCAAGUAUUGUUUAAAGACUUCUAAAGGUAAGCAUCUGCGUUGCAGUCAUAACACUGAGGUGAAGUCCGUCUUCCUUCCUCUUGGAGACAGCAGUUCCAACUACAACCUGGUUAUCAGAGCAACUGCGAAAAAUAGCAGUUUUGUAGCUAGAACCACUAUAACAGCAAAGGUGUUGGAUUCCACAGCGGCCGGCAGCUCUUCAGUAAAAGAUCUUAAGGCAACAGUGGAGAAUGCUGUGGUUCGGCUAAAGGAACAAGGCCUAUUGUCGGGAGAAACUGUGGGACAAAUCUUCAAUUCUGUGUCCAACAAACUGAACGGUCAAUCUGAUGAAUCGAAAAAAGCCGAUAGGCAAAAGCUUCGUGAGAAGAUGGUGGACCUAAUGAUUGACACAGUAAAAGAAGUUCCCACCAACACGCCAGAAGAAGUUCAGGUGAUAGCCAGAGGACUUGCUGCCAUCGUCCAGAAAGGCACUGAGCUCAGCUCCUCUGCUCAGGAAGAGGCUUCGGUAUUGUUUGCAAACCUCAGCUCAUCUCUCCUCCACAUGGAUGUGAACAAAAGUGAAGAAAACAUCAAUGAAAUACACGCCGCAGCCGACACCAUUGUGGAAGGAGCAAGCAAUAUCCUGCACUAUUCUUCCAAUAAAAACAUCUCUGAGGCCCUUCUCCUUGCUCUGAGCAAUAUACAGAGUGCACUAUUAGCAUUUAAAGAUACUAACGAUGGGCCAACUAUCAUCCAACAAGCUCAUAUUGGUGUGUUUGUUAACAGAGUGAAACCGGGAAGUUUGCACACAGAGGUAAUACGUAUUCCCAACAGUUCCAGCCCCACAUUUUCUCUCCCAACACUUCUCUCCAAUACAUUACCUUCAGAUGAACCAGUGGAUGUACGAAUGCUUAGUGUAGACAAAAACCCAUUUUCAUGGAAUGAGAGAGGGAACAUCAGUGGCCAAAUAAGUGGUCUAUCCCUCACAGGAAAGGAUGGCUCCAGUAUCCCGGUGGAGAAUUUGAGUGAGGAUAUUAAGAUUCUGUUGCCAAGGCCUGUUGGAGAGCAGGUUAACACCUCUGUUUUGGACCUGGGGAACUACAGCACAACGGUCAUAGACAUUCCUUCAGCCGACACCACGCUGGUGUUAAAGAUGGUGCCUACGGAUGAUCCCUUACCCUUCAAACUGUUCCUUGGUUAUAUGGACUACCCCACUGAAACAAAUAAUGUAGCAAUGACAGAGAUGCCUCACCAGGGAAAAACACAAGAAGAGAGAUACACUUGGCUACUUGACCCUAAGGAUUUAAAGGGAAACACUGGAGUGCACUAUCUUGUAGUGAGGCCCAUUGUAGGUCCGGGUAUAAAAUCCAUCAAUGUCAGUUUAUCAAUCACCCCCAUCACUGCUGCAUGUAAAUUUUGGGAUGAAUCAAAAUUGGAGUGGAGGACUUAUGGAUGCAGGGUAGGUGUUAAUACCACACAUUUAGUCACCCAGUGCCUCUGCAACCACCUCACCUUCUUUGGGAGCUCUUUCUUUGUCACUCCCAACCUUGUUGACCCGUCGCGCACCGCUGAGCUGUUUGCAUCUUUUGGUGAGAACCCUGUGGUUGUCUGCUUCGUGGUGUCACUCUUUGGGGCCUAUCUCUUGGUCGUUGUAUGGGCACGACGAAAAGACGUUCAAGACACGGCCAAGGUGAAGGUGACCGUGCUUGAGGACAACGACCCCAUGGACGAGUACCGCUACCUGUUGAGUGUCAGCACUGGGCACCGGAGAGGAGCCUCCACUUCCUCUCAGGUGGCAAUCACUCUGCUGGGUGCAGAAGGAAACAGUGAACCACAUCACCUGACGGAUUCAAAGAAAUGUGUGUUUGAGAGAGGUGCGGUGGAUGUGUUCCUGUUAACUACACCUUUCUCCCUGGGAGACCUGCAGGGCAUCAGACUGUGGCACAACAACUCAGGGAGCCAUCCUGCCUGGUAUGUAGGCAAUGUCAUGGUGCAGGAUUUACAGACAGAGCAAAAAUGGCAUUUUCUGUGCAACUCCUGGCUGGCCAUAGACAUUGGUGAUUGUUCUCUCGAUAAAGUUGUUCCUGUUUCGACAGAGAUGGAUUUGAAGAGGUUCAGUAACUUGUUCUUUAUGAAGACUACAAGGGAUUUCAGUGACGGACACCUCUGGUACUCAGUGAUCAGUCGACCCCCGAGCAGCACCUUCACUUGUGUUCAGAGAGUUUCCUGCUGUUUUACCCUGCUGCUCUGUACCAUGCUGACCAGCAUCAUGUUUUAUGGCAUCCCAACAGAUCCCUCUGAGCAGACCAUGGACCUAGGUCACUUUGAGUUUACCUGGCAACAGUUCAUGGUUGGAGUUCAGAGUUCCCUCAUUAUGUUUCCUAUGAAUAUCCUUAUUGUUAGCAUCUUUAGAAACACUCGUCCUCGGGAGACGUCUUGUUGCAAGCGCAAAACAAAAAAAACAGAACAGAAUUCUCAAUCCCAGACCACCACCACCACCAACAUGAAUGUCAAUGUCACUUUAGACACCGUCAUCAAGGAUAUCACAAGAAUUGCCCAUUCAUUGUCUAAGACUGUGAAAAGCAACUUACCAUGCACAGAGUCUGAGUUUGGGCCUGGACAACAAGUUGAUAUCAAUGCUGUCCUUUCUGUGGUGGAGGACUUCAUCAAACACAACAACAAGACCAGCGACACCGCCCAGCCCAAAACCCAGAGCGUUCAGCCUCAGCUCCCAGAGGGCAGUGCUAAUGUGCAUCCUGGGUCAACAGUGGAGGGGAUUCAAAAGAAGAGCAACAAAGCCCAGUAUCUAUACCGGCAGCUGUGUCACAUUGACAAAGAGCUGAGUCUGCUGGGACCCUCCGGCUUCCCCAGCCCACACAGCUACAGCCGGGCUCUGCAGCAGGUCCAGGGCAUGAAGGGCUUUCUUGAAGAGCAGCUCUUCAUAUCCAGCUGUGUCAACCCAGAUGAACUCACCCAGAAGAAGUUGAGCCCUGCUGACAGCACUGAUGGUGAUGGUAGUCAGAAGAAAAGGGCGUGCUGUCACGGAGGGCUACCCUGGUGGUUUAUUUUUGUCGGCUGGCUGCUAGUGAUCGCAAGCAGUUUUGUGGCGGGAUAUUUUACAAUGCUUUAUGGGUUGAAAUUUGGGAAGGAACGCUCUGUGAGCUGGUUGGUGUCCAUGAUAGUCUCCUUUUUCCAGAGUGUCCUCAUCAUUCAGCCAUUGAAGGUGCUAUGUCUCGCAGUCUUCUUUGCACUUGUAAUAAAGAAAGUUGAUGAGGAAGAUUUUCAAAAUGUGUCGUUUGAAGGAAAUGACAGAAAUCUAGGUGCUUCUAAGGACCAACAAAUGGCCAGACGGGAUAGCAGUCUCUAUGAGCCUCCUCCUCCUGCAGACAUUGAGAAGAUGAGAAGGAAAAAGAUGAUGGAACAAAAAGCCUUUGCCCUCCUCAAGGAGAUUUUGACCUACAUGGGGUUCAUGUGGAUGUUGCUGCUGGUGGCAUACGGCCAGAGAGAUCCCAAUGCUUUUUUCCUGAACCGGCACAUCCGAGGUAGCUUCAGCGGAGGGAUCUCACACAGCAUGAGUCUUGGAGAUGUGUUCACGUGGGCCAAAACAACGCUGCUAAGUAACCUUUUCAGCAAGGAUUAUCCAGGAUUUAUCACAGAUGGAAACUCCAAGCUAGUGGGUAAUGCCCGUCUUCGUCAAUUGAGAGUGCAGAAGAACUCCUGUCAGAUUGCGGGCUCCAUGCUCCAGUUUGUACCAGACUGUCACGCUCAAUAUUCAUGGGAGCUGGAGGACAUGGGCUCCUAUGACCCUGGCUGGAACCACUCCUCUGCGAGGGAUAAUAUCUCUACGAGCACCUACAGCCCGUGGACGUACCAGACACAGGCUCAGCUCAGAGAUUAUCCCGUCUGGGGCCAAAUGGUGCUCUACAGGGGAGGUGGCUUUGCAGUGGAGCUUGGCCCGGAUUCACAAAAUGCCAGCAGCACCCUUGAGUACCUGUUCAGGAACACAUGGCUGGAUACGUACACAAGGGCGAUAUUUGUGGAGUUCACUGUUUAUAAUGCUAACGUGAACCUCUUCUGCAUCGUCACCCUCUUGCUGGAGACCACAGCCAUAGGAGCAUUUCAUCUCCACAGUCAGUUGCAGAGUGUUCGUCUUUACCAAUCGACUGGUGGUCUUCACAUCUUCGUUAUGGCUGCUGAGAUCAUAUACCUGCUUUUCAUCCUCUAUUACAUGUUCCUGCAGGGCAAAUUAAUGAAGCAGCAGCGGUGGGCUUACUUCAGGAACAAGUGGAACCUUCUUGAGCUGACCAUCAUCUUACUGAGCUGGAGUGCCGUGGCUGUCUUCAUCAAGAGGACCCUGCUUGGAAACCGCGAUAUGAGCUACUAUCAAAACCACAAAGACCAAUUUGCCAGUUUUUACGAGACAGCCACAGCAGACUCAGUGCUCCAGUAUCUGAUCGCCUUCCUGGUCCUGCUCGCCACCUUCAAACUGUGGCACCUGCUCAGACUGAACCCCAAGAUGAACAUGAUCACUGCUGCGCUGCAGCGGGCCUGGACCGACAUAUCUGGUUUCCUCGUGGUCAUUGUGAUCAUGUUCGUGGCGUACUCCACUACGUGCAACGUGAUUUAUGGCUGGAAGGUGUCCUCAUAUAAAACUUUGACGGAUGCUCUCCUGACCAUCAUCAGUUUGCAGAUAGGCAUCUUUAACUAUGACGAGGUCUUGGACUCCAACCCCGUGCUGGGUGGAUUACUCUUUGGUUCCUGUGUUGUGUUCAUGACGUUUGUGGUGCUCAAUCUCCUCCUCUCAGUGAUCCUCGUGGCAUUCAACCAGGAGCAAAUAUAUCACAAGCCCUCAGACGAGGAGGAGAUUGUCGACUUGAUGCUGAAGAAAAUCUGCUGUCUUUUUGGGAUCAGAUAUAAAAAUACAAAAGACCCCCCGGGGCCCGAUGUCAACGGGGGCGGUGGCUUGACCCUUAAUAACAGCAGAAAUAUCCUUAACAAUUCCUCAAUUGAUGGAAACAUUUUUCAGACAUCUGACAACUCAGUGAACACCUAGGACAGAGGUCAGAAAAUCUGCGGCUCCGGAGCCACAUGCGGCUCUCUAGCCCCUCUCCAGUGGCUCCCUGUGGAUUUUUUUUCAUUUAUCAUUGUUGAAGGUCUAAUGUACGACGGUACGACGGAGUAUUAGGGCC